UAUUCUUGCUUGCAAAUUUGAUCAGAAGGUGACCACUCCCAACAUAAGAAACCAAGACAAGAAGUAUUACACAAUUUCUAGGUAGUUAGCGUAGCUUAGAGCCCUCUAGUCCGCUCAGGAUACCGCUGCAAAGUCUGGUGUACUGAUUUAUCUUCUUAGCGUGCUUGAAAGCACUGCUACUGCAUGUACUCUGUGAUGUACUUCUAAUUUUUGAUCCUCCCCCACAAGGAAAUAUUGAAAAGCAGUACGUCCAAGAAUGGCUAGUUCUAUUGUUGGUGGAGCCUUCAGAGAAUCAGUGAUCCUUAAAAGCAAGAAAUCCAUUGACCCAGACCAGAGCACUCCUGAGCCCACUGAACAAUCCUCGUACACUGAUGUACCCGUACCGCAUAAUGGAAGGCCCAGAGAAAAAGUAGAAGACCACUACGGUUUCCUGUACUCAAUCAGUGAAAAAGACAAGCACUAUGAGCCGGUGCUGUCUGGUAAGAAGGCUAGAGAGAGGGAGAGAAAAUGGCUGAAGUUGUUUAAAACCUGGGAUGAGUCAUAUGAGAAAAAGAAGCUAAAGAUUAAGGAGAGGUGUCGUAAGGGGAUUCCCCCGUCUGUGCGUGGGCAGGCAUGGCAACACCUCUCGGGAGCCAAGAAAUUACUACUGGCAAAUGCUGGCCUCUUUGACGAUCUAGUAAGUCAGCCUGACAACGAUGUGGUGACCAAUGUGAUAGAUCGAGACCUUGACCGAACCUUCCCCUCUCAUGUUCUAUUCUCCAAUCCCUCAGGGCAAGCUGACCUCAGAACAGUUCUCAAAGCAUAUGCUAUGUAUAAUAAGAAAACCGGUUACUGUCAGGCUAUGGCUCCAGUGGCAGCCACACUCCUAAUGCACAUGUCACCAGAGGAAUCAUUCUGGGUGUUGGUGCAGAUCUGUGAGCAGUACCUCCCUGGCUACUACAGUCCUGGCCUGCAUGCAUUCCAGAUUGAUGCCCGCAUCCUGGCCUACCUCCUGGAGAAGUACAUUCCAGAAACCAAGAAAUUCAUGGAUUCGAAACAGCCGCCCAGUCCGUCCUCCAGCCCAGAUACUAGUAAAGGGUUGGACCCAAUGCUCUACUGUACAGAAUGGUUCAUGAGUCUCUACUCUAGAUCUCUUCCGUUUAACUCUGUACUGAGGGUGUGGGACAUGUUCUUCUUUGAGGGAGCUAAGAUGCUCUUCAAAGUGGCUCUGGCUGUCAUCCAGCUCACCUUUGGUUCCCCCAAGCUACAGAAAGAUAUCGUUGGAUUCUUUGAGCUCACUCGUAAACUGCGUGACCUGCCAAUCGAGUAUACACACGAGAACGCACUAGUGCCCGAGAUCCUCAAGUAUGCUAUCCACAAUGAGGAUCUCCGCAAGUUUCACCUUUCGCAGUCCAGUAUCCACUUCACAGAAGAGAGGGUUAGACAGAUGGAGAUGAGUGCUCGAAGACUUCGCCUCCACAGAAGAAGUCUGUCUCUUGCAUCGGACACCGCACCUUCAGACUCAUAGUUGUACAUAUUCUGAAUCUGUAUUAUUAUUUAAAUUUUAUUCUCUUUUGUACAGUUUUAUUCAUUUUUUGGCUGACUGUUUCAGCAGAGACCCAGUGUGUAUGUGUCAUGUGCUUGUUAACAUACAUGUACUGUGUAUAUAUAUCUAUGUGGAAUUUACUUGUGCUUUAUUGAACAAAAAUUAUUAUUAUCUACAUUCAA